UGGGUCAUUUUAAGUGAAAAGUGUAGUACUUGGAAACACCCUCUCUCUCUCUCUCUCUCUCUCUACAAGGGAAGUCUCUCUGGGGAUUUAUGGUUCACUGAAGUCAGAGUUUUUAGGGGAUAUCAGAUAUUCACUUCUAAGAGAAAAAUGGAGGGGAAUGAAAUAAUUGAAGACCUACUAGCAUUGCUGCCUCCCACAUCUCUUACUGUUGUAAUAGCUAUCAAUGGAAACAGAAAGAGCAAAUUUGUAGUGAAGUGGGCAUUGGAGAAAUUCGUUCCCGAGGGAAAGGUUAUGUUCAAGUUGCUACAUGUCCGCCCUAUGAUAACUGCUGUUCCAACUCCAAUGGGAAAUUUUAUUUCACUUUCACAGGCUCGAGAUGAUGUCGUGGCUGCUUACAAGAAGGAAGUGGAAUGGCAAACAACCGAAAAGCUUCUUCCUUACAAGAAGAUGUGUGCUCAAAGAAAGGUGCAAGUAGAAAUUGUACAAAUUGAAGCGGAUGAUGUAGUAAAUGCAAUAGCCUCGGAGGUUUCCAAAUGUACUCACAACAAGCUUGUUAUAGGAGCUUCGUCCCGUAGCAUAUUUUCAAGGGGACAAAGCUUGUCCUCGAGAAUAUCCAAGUGCAUCCCAAGCUUUUGUUCGGUGUAUGCGGUUUCAAAGGGGAAAUUGUCAUCUGUGCGUCCAUCUGACUCAGAGACAAUUGGAAGCAUUAAAGAUGACUAUAGUGACACAAGUUCUUUGACCAAUGAUCCUUCAAGUGAUACUUCCAGCUCACAAACAGAGUGGACAGACCAAGGCUCAGCUACUUCUUAUCGCCAUUUUCAUUCCCCUUCACUACCAGUGCAGCGGUUUCAAGCACUUUCAGCCAUUAAUAAUACCCUUCUUCAUAAAAGAACAGAUUCUAAUGAGUCCAAGAACUCUGGAAUCCUAUCUCUGGAUACUGGUCAAGGGGAGAAUAUUUUGAGCUCUUUUCCCAGUAAUUCAGAGGCAGGCAUUACAAACAGUCGGGCUUCUAGUUUCAACAACUUGGUAAGAGACCACCAGUCAUGGACAUCUGAUCAAGCUUCUACCUCAGAUGCUCUCCCAGAUAUUUCAUCUGGAAAUCAGCUAAGCGACCUUCACAAACACCGACUGGAGGAUUCAAUUAAGCUCAAGGAGUGGAACCUGAAAGAGGAGGAAACCAAGGAAUUAGCUAAACAAGAGAAGGACAUGUAUGAAGCUGUGAAAAGAGAAGCUGAGUAUGUUAAGGAACGUGCUGAACAAGAAGCUGCACGAAGGAAAGAAGCAGAAGCUAAAGCCUUGCAUGAGGCCAAAGAGAAAGAUAAGCUAGAGAAUGCCCUGGUAGGCCCUUUGCAGCAGUACCAGAAGUUCACAUGGGAGGAAAUCGUGUCUGCUACCUCAUCAUUCUCCGAGAAGCUCAAGAUAGGAAUGGGAGCAUAUGGGACCGUCUAUAAGUGCAGUUUGCAUCAUACAGUUGCUGCAGUGAAAGUCCUCCACUCUGAAGAAGCUCACAGGAGCAGGCAAUUUCAGCAGGAACUUGAGAUCUUGACCAAAAUUCGUCACCCGCAUCUUCUAAUUCUUCUCGGUGCAUGUCCUGAUCAUGAUUGCCUAGUUUACGAGUACAUGGAGAAUGGUAGCUUGGAGGAGAGGUUGCUCAGGAAAUAUAACUCUCCUUCAAUCCCAUGGUUUGAGAGGUAUCGAAUUGCUUGGGAAGUAGCCUCAGCCCUCGUCUUUCUUCACAACUCAAAGCCAAAUCCAAUCGUCCAUCGUGAUCUAAAACCAGCUAACAUAUUGCUUGAUCAUAACUUGGUGAGUAAGAUUGGUGACCUUGGCCUUUCUAUAAUGCUUAAUUCAGAAAACUCUUCGAUAUCCACCACAUACAAGGAUACAGGCCCCGUUGGCACGCUUUGCUAUAUAGACCCCGAGUACCAAAGGACUGGGUUAAUCUCUCCAAAAUCUGAUGUUUAUGCUUUUGGGAUGGUGAUUUUGCAAUUGCUGACUGCAAAACCAGCCAUCGCAUUGGCCCAUCUGGUGGAAACUGCAAUUGACGAUGGUUGUUUAGUGAAUGUACUGGAUCCGGAGGCUGGGAAUUGGCCAACUGAAGAGACAAUGGAAUUGUCUAAGCUUGGUCUGAGCUGUGCAGAGCUUCGUCGUAGUGACAGACCUGAUUUGAAAGAUCGAGUUCUACCUGCAUUGGAUAGAUUGAAAGAGGUUGCUGAUAAGGCUCGAGAUUUGGCAUCCAGUGCUCAACCGACACCUCCAAACCAUUUUUUUUGCCCCAUACUCAAGGAUGUAAUGGAUGAGCCUUGUGUUGCUGCGGAUGGGUACACAUACGAGCGCAGGGCCAUAGAGAAAUGGUUCGAGGAGAACGAUAAGUCACCAAUGACCAAUUUACCAUUGCCAAAUAAGAACUUAAUACAAAAUUAUACACUUCUUUCUGCAAUAAUGGAGUGGAAGUCAAGAAAGCAUUGA